UUUCAAUCCGAUUGUCACUUCAAUGGUGGAAAUUGGAAACUCCCCCAAGUAGGAACUAUUAAUCUCUUUUUCUCUCUCUUCCGCUGGAAAAUCAGAUUCUGUUUUUUCAAAUAACAGGUGCCGUCUUUGACCAGCACCUGCCUUAUUACGGAUUGGCCCCCAAUUAAUUAGUACCAUUACCCUUGUGAUUCCUCCCUCUAUAAAUUUGCUUCACUUUUUUUCCUCCACUCAACCAUAAUAUCUCACUAUACUACAUUCUACAUAAUACAUAUACAUCAAUAUACUAAAUUCUCAUAUUCAUUUCUUCGUUCCACCAAAAAAAGAAUGGCGAGCGUGAAAACACUAGCUCAAUCUCAAGACCUCAAAUCCCUCCCUUCCGAUUAUACUCAUUUCAAGAAUCAGCACAAAUCCGUGGAAGCCAGCCCUGAGGUUGGCAUUCCCGUCAUCGAUUUCGCCCUGCUCACCUCAUCCAACCUUGACCACCGUGCCAAAGCCAUCCAUGACCUUGGCAAGGCCUGCGAGGAAUGGGGCUUCUUCAUGGUGGUGAACCAUGAGAUUCCGGAAACGCUGACGAACCCGUUGUUCGAUGCAUGUGAUGAGUUUUUCGAUCUCCCUGAGGAGGAGAAACAGAGGUUUCAGACCAAGAAUCCGAGGUUUCCCUUCAUGGUCCGGUCUACCAUCGGGGCUGAGCAUGAAAAAGUCUUGUUCUGGAGGGAUUACUUCAGAUUUUUCGUCCAUCCCGAAUUUUAUUGCCCUGAUAAACCCCAACAAUUCAAUGAUCUUGUAUCGGAGUAUGCUGAAAAAACCAGAGUUUUGGCAAGGAAAUUACUCCAAGGGAUAUCACAAAGUCUAGGACUGGAAGAAGAUUACAUUGAGAAAGCCAUGGACUUGGACAAAACUACCCAAAUCUUUGCUGCAAAUUACUACCCGCCAUGCCCCGACCCGGAAUCCGCAAUCGGCAUACCACCUCACACUGAUCAUGGCCUAUUGACCUUUCUCCUUCAAAACGGAGUUGGCGGCCUUGAGAUCCAGCACGAAGGAAAAUGGUUCCAUCUCAAUGCAAUUCCGGGCUCCAUUUUCGUCAACACCGGAGACCAGCUAGAGGUGAAAAAAGAAAAAAGAUCUAAUUUGUAAUUACCAUACAAUCAUAAUAAAAUUGAUCAAUUCGUGACUCUUUUUUUUUUCUUUAAAAUAUUGAAAAAAUGAUCAGAUCGUUAGCAAUGGGAAGUACAAGAGCGUUUGGCACAGGGCUGUUGUGAACAACAGUAAGAAAAGGAUUUCAUUGGUUAUCCCCAACGGUCCAUCGCCGGACACCAUCGUCGCACCGGCAGAACCACUACUCAAGGAUGCUCCGGCAAAGUAUUCUCCCAUGGGUUACCUGGAAUACGUGGAAGUUCAACGUACCACAAGGCCUCCUCAGAAGCCCAUCUUGGACAGACUUAAGUUGUACUAAACGUUUUUUGUACAACCAUAAUAAAAGACAUUUAUUUUUUCUGCCACAAUCCGUGAUAAUAAUAACUGUAACGGUACUAUUGCGUCCUAAGAUAUAUGGUAUGGUUAGGUUUAAGAUGUCGCACUAUUGUGUAGUACUAAGAUGAUUUGGUGAAACUAUUGUUACCGGGCACGUGUCUUUGUCUCGUGCAUAUGAGAAUUUGAGGUCAAUAAAUGAAGUGUUUAUUUU